GAGUUUUCUCGUCGGGGAUGUUAUCAGGCGACCAUGGUCUCCGAUGGGCCGGAUCUUACGGAUCCUACGGAUCCUGAGUCGCCUCUCAAGGAGUCGCUUCUCAAGGAGUACGAUGUCGAGGAGCAUGGGAUAGUUGUAAGUAGCUUUGUUGAGGCAAAUUGGAAGCAGCAGGCGACUUACCGGGUGAAGUGCUACAAUAGUACUAGUCAUGGUGUCUAUGUGUUUGCGCUCUACAACGGCAGAGCCCUGCGAUCGGCGACCUAUUUGCAAGCUGGAACUAGCGGCCGGUUGCAGACGGCGAAGCAGCCCUACGCUAAGGGACAAGAGAAGGCGUCGCGAAGAGUUUAUGAUGAAAAUGAUCGGCACCAAUCCACCGGAAUCGUGGAAAUCCGUUUCUAUGAUCCCAGUGAAGGCAUGCCAGUGCCCUCCUUUGAACCGGACACAAUCUACCCCGACCACGUCGCCAUCUUGGCCAGAGAGAAGACUCCGUUCGAGAAACAAUGGCUCCCCACUCCCGAGCAAUGGGCGAAUCCACACAAAGUGAUUCGCUUUGUCUACACGGGCAAAGGCGGCUACGCCAACAUAGACCAGAAACGCAAGGACAUCAUGGCGCGUGCCAGGGUCUUCCGCCCCCCAUCGUCACACGAGUUCGUCCUACCUCCCAUUGCAGCCUUAAGCAGUCCAGUGGUAGCCAAGGAGCCUACGACCAUAUCUCAGGAUGUUGUGAAUUUUUGUGAGUUUGUGGGCUUUGUGUGGCAACGGGCAGAGCAAGAACAGGCAUUGGCCAUGGGUCUUGCGGAAGCAGAAGCUAUUCCAGAGAACCACGGAGCGGAUGACGCGGCGAUGGAUGUCAAUUGAUAGGGCCGACAUGCUCACCCAAGCUUGGUUUCCUAUCUUAUGUUCUAUUACUACGUGUUC